CAGGGCGACGAGGAGGGAGGAGACGUCACUACGUAGGGACCCACUCACUCACUCUGUUAGUUGGUGUAUGAACCAAGUUUCCUGCGCCUCGGCCAUCAGCGUCUUCUCUUGAGAUGAACGGACAGAGUUUAUGUGGGGAUAGGAAGCCGUGAUUGCGGGCUCGGGUGGGGGCGAAGACCCGGUCCGACCCGCAGCUGGAGCUGAAUAUGGGUCAAACUGCUGUGUCUGCCGUGUCUCAGUCAGCGAGCGUUGAUGGCCUGGAGAAAUCAUCUGUGACCAGUUGUGACGUGGUGGUGGACAACGCCUCCAAUACCCAGAAUGCCCAUGGGUCGCGACCGCAGCGAGGCAAGCUGUCGACGUUGGGAAAGCUGUUCAAACCAUGGAAGUGGAGGAAGAAGAAAACCAGCGACAAGUUCCAGGAUCUCUCCAAAGUUCUAGAGAGGAAAAUCUCCACCAGACAAACAAGGGAGGAGCUCAUCAGGAAAGGGGUCCUUAUUCCUGAACAAGAUGAACCGAUCAGUAGUGAAAAUCUGAACGGCCAUGCGUCAUCCAGUUUGACUCCAGAGGAAGUCAAAGUGGACAUUGAGUCUCCUAAAGCCCUUGUUGAGGAACCUACCACUGAGGAUAAAACAGAGAGGUGCGUUACUAAACCCCCUUCCCGGACAAACCAGGUGCGACCUCGAGAUGCUCCAGCUAAAAAACAGCAAAGUACCGCUGUGCCCAUUGCUUCCAGAGCUGCUGGUGGCACCACCAACACCACCACCACCACUGCAACAAGACACAAAGAAGGUGCCCCAGGAGCUAAAAAGACAGCUAAAACCACAGGCAAGAACGGCACAACCACGCUGGAUAAAGCUAACCCACGGCACACUAACACCAUAAGUCGAGGGGUUGCUAAAUCAUCAAAUCCAAAGAAGACAGGAGGCGCAAGUAAAGUCACCACCACCACCUCCACUCCUCGUUCUCGGUUGUCCAAGGAUGUUUCGCCCCGGUCUGAAGGGACAUCUGCGAAGCCCAGCAGGAAAUCAGAUGCCCCAGCUUCUUCAUCUGAACCUCAGAAAGCCUCCACAGAGACUCCUAAUCAGCCUGGGGAGUUAAAAUCAACCCCACCUUCCGCAGACAACAAGCCUCCUUCAUGCAAAACCUCUGGAAGCAAGGCAGGUGGUCUUCAGGCUGCUUGUAAACCUGAUCUAGAGCCUAAAUCAGCUCUAAAUGACAUUGCUUCAAGCAAAGAGACUCACAAGGUUGUUGCUCCUGAAACCACAGACCAGUCCUCUCAUAUCAACCAGACUACAGAGGACACCUCCUUCACAGGAAGAGAGAAAGACAGAAGCAGCUCACAGGUGGAGAAACGUGAACGGACAGAAGGGGAGGAAGAAGAUGUGAAAAAGCAAGGAGAAACCGAUUGUGGUAAAGACAACAGCUCAAGGUCAGCAGAGGGCGACUCAGACAAGCAGCCGCGCCUGAGUGUGAAAACGGAUCAGGCUCAGGUGACGGUGAUCCCCGAUAGGCCCAGAGACAGCCAGGCUAGUGAUUCUGAUUCGGAUGGACCAAUUCUCUACCGGGGCGAUGAUGACGAAGAGGAUGACGAAGAUGAAUACACAAACAACUCUCUGGCCAGCAAGAUCCGCCGACGAGACACCCUGAACAUUAAGCUGGGCAACCGACCCAGCAAGGAAGAGCUGGAGGCGAAAAACAUUUUGCCAAGAAGCUCAUUGACGGAGAGACACGAGCUCCGCCAGCAGAUAGGCUCCAAAUUAGUCAGACGCCUGAGCCAAAGGCCCACCACAGAGGAGCUGGAGCAGAGAAACAUCCUCAAACAAAAAAAUGAAGCUGAGGAAAAAGAAGCCAAGCAAGAGAUUAAAAGGAGACUCACCAGAAAGCUGAGCGUGAGACCUACAGUGGCAGAGCUCAUUGCUCGGAGGAUUCUGCGGUUUAACGAGUAUGUGGAGGUGACAGACGCUAAAGAUUAUGAUCGCCGGGCUGACAAACCAUGGACACGGCUUACUCCUGCUGACAAGGCUGCUAUACGUAAGGAGCUGAAUGAGUUUAAGAGCCGAGAGAUGGAGGUUCAUGAGGACAGCAAACAGUUUACAAGGUUCCAUCGACCAUAAGCGCUCCCACAGCUCUCAGUUCUCUCCCCAUCGUCUACAUCCACACCUCAGUUCUCUUUGAACCCUGUUGACCUCUUUGAAACGGACAUUUUGGCCUAUCAAAGCAGGGAAAGCCUAGUUUUCAUUUAUAAAAUAAACCAUCUAAAUUUAGAUGAGCCAGGGUGUUCUUGGUCAGAGGAUAGUGGGAUGUGUAUAAAAACUGUACUUUCAUCACUCAACUUGGCUUCUCCUGCUUAAGCAUUCAAAAAGUCAUCUGUGAAAAAGGAUCUGUUGCUCCUGGUGAUGUUUGUCUUUCAUGACAGCUACAGGUGUGUCUCAAGGCCUGGGCCAUGUUGAGGCACCUAUGAAAUAUUUGCACAUAUCUAUAGUGAGAACAGUGCUGUGUAUAGCUAGCUAAAUAGGACCUCUUAUUUAUUGUAGAGUAUCUGAACCAUUGGGUAUUUUUAUUGGUUUUUUUUUUGUUGACUUCAGGUCUUGUAAUGAGCAACGUUGCCUUUGUAACAGACUGUGGCUCCAGAGUGGUGGGCUUGUUCAGUUGCUCAGUUAUGCCAUAAUCUUACAAAUGCCCAUACAUGGGCAUCCUCCUGGAAGAGGAAAUAGUGAUGAUUGGGGGGUUUCAGGAUGAUGUCAGUGCCUGUGGGACAGAUUGUACACAAAAGGCAGUUUGUUCUGCUCUGAUGUGCCUCAAAGUGAAAUUCCAGUUUUUAGACAUGUUCCAAACAUUGCCACUAGAGGACAUCAUAUCAUAGAAUUUCCAGACAGAGAUUCUGAUGUGUUUGUGGAUGUCGAGUAUCCUCCACUUGUUACAUUUAAAACUGCUGAAGCUUUCAAAGAAGUGGACACCCAAGGCCUAAAUAGUCAAGUGUAAAUUAAAUUGGCCUGCUCAAAGUGACUUCUGCUUCCUCAGCGUAUCUGAUGGUGCACAGUGAUCAUUUAACAUCGUAUAUCCCGUGCCGAGCUGUCAGGUGCAGACCAAUGAUCGCAACAUGCUUGGUUUGCUGUUUUGAGGAUGUACAGUUUCUAUUGCAGUUUUUCAUUUAAGCUUUCUUGCUGGGGCGUUUCACUCAGAGGCCAAAUAAAAAGCAGGAAUUUUAUUCUAGAUUGCCUUUCAAUGGGAAAUGUUAGGUUUUUGUUUGGAGGGCUAUAUAUGAUGCAGGCUUUAAACUUUGCCAAUGAAAGUUAAGUUUACCAGAGUUACUACCUAGAUUUCAAGUGUGAGUAUUAUUUUAUCAUUUUGCAGGUGUGGAUACAUUUGCUCUUUACUAUGAAUUUCUAAAACUUAAGUGCGGUUUUUCGAUUGUGUCAUAUUUCAACGACACCCUUUAUUUUUGAUAUGUCACAUAGCAACUUCACUUCAACAUUCUAGUCAUCAGUAUUUUGGCUCUUGAGUUUCUGGCUUAGAACCCACACAUAAAUACACACUAUUUUUUAAAAAUAAAGGACCAUUUCACCACUUUUUUGACCUUUAGACUACUUUAAAUCAAGGUUUUAAACUCAAACUGGAGCGCUUAAAGUGAACAUUAUUUGAGGUGGUUUAGAUCCGAAACAAAGCUUUGAAAACAGCCGUAAUAGUUUUUGUGUUGUUUUUUCAGUUCUAAACAGAAUAACGUAUUAAAGGUGACAAGAUGAACUUUAAAGAUUCAGGCCUAAGUAGACAUAUCUAAGAAUCCUAGAUUUUGAACAUGAACUGAUAUGAAACAGCAAAAUAGCCUUUUAACUUGUUGCUGAAUCAGAAUCCCUUAUUUGUGACUGAUUUGCAGUCAAAUAUCCAUAAUUGUUUAAAAACACAAGUGUUUACCAAAGCUCCAUUCCUCCUUUACACAUUGCCUUAACAUGCAUCUUGAUAUUUUUUCCUUUUAUUGAAGAACUCUAUAUCUGCAAUGUAUGGAGAACUCUUUUGGAGUUUUAUUCUUCUUUUAAGGUGUGUGUUUGUAGAUUUAUGUGACAAUAACUUGGUUUGAAUACUUAUGUUUGUUUUGAUAGGUUUGUGUGUAACUUCAGCAUUUAUGAGAUUCAGUUAAGAUGAAACCUAAGUUGUCGAGAUGCGUGUUAAUGCAGUGAUUUAUGUGAUGAAGAUCUUUCUGUGUGAAUGCCAAAACCUCUUGCGUGAGCUUUUCUCCCUGACCUCAUUGGUCUAAAGAGAUUUCUGACGAUGGGCCAUUUAUUUAUUUUUUAUUUAAUUGAAGCCUGGACCUUUACAACACUCGUCCUGGGUUUAAAAGGUAACAGAGUAAAAAGAGUCUCUCGGUUUUCUGUGGUUGGAAAAUGAAACCAUGUACAGAAAUGGAGCAGUAUUCUUUCAUGUCUGUCAGUAUGCUUUACGCAGGUGUUAUCAAGCAUGUGCUUACAAUGAAAUCUAUGACACUUUAAUAUAAAUAUUUUACCUUAUUUUAUCCCCAUCAUUUUAAAUUUUGAAAAACUGCUUAAAUAUAAAUAUUAUUUGUAGGCAACUCAUAAAAAAUCUGAUGUUUUUUAUGAGACCAAACAUCCCACUUUCUAAUGAAUUUAGUCAAUUCCUUAGACUUUUACAGCUUUUUAUAAAGCCACAUUGAGGCCAAUGUUUGAUUUAUUUCUUUACACUUUCCAUACAUUGUUUUGGAGGCACAUCAAACUAUAUAUAAUUAUAUUAAGCUUUAAAUAAUUCAAACAUAUUUAAGUAUAAAGACAUUUAAAGUAAAUCUGUGAAUGUUGAUGAGUUAAAGUAGUUUUGGGUAGUUUAACGUUAAAUACACCAACAACACGUAGUGUACUCCUCUGUCCAGGAGUAUUCAGAAGCACAGGAAAACUUAAAUUAGAUCUAAACGAAUCAUUUAAAAUUCUUCUUUAAAAGGUCCACAAUAGUCAUGGUUUAGUUGAUAUUUUACAUAAAAUAGAUUAUUUUCAUUAAAGAUGCUGGACUAUAAAAGGUCAUGUAAAACCUAACUGAUUAUUUUAAUGUUAUUUAUCACAUAAUGCUAAAUAUACUAAGAGGCUUUCGAGAUUAAGAUAAUAAAAUGAACUCCCAACACUUGAACACUUAAUAGCAGCUUGUAAUAAAUCAAAACACCAGUCAACUUCCACCAGUUUAUGACUUAUUAGGAGAACAUUCCAGAUUAGCGUCACGAUCAGACUGAAACGUUUUUGAUUUGAGGAACGUAUUCUUUUCAUGGACAUAUUGAUCACUGUAAUGUUCCAGAUAUUAGCUGUCUUAGUCAGAUAAAUUGGUUCUUUUUAAAGCUCAGACCCAGUUAGAUAUGUCCUAUUAUUUGACAUGUCAUCAUUAAAUAUGGUUGUAAUAAUCUCCCACUAUAUAUCCAGAUACAGCUACUGUUACAUCUUUAAUGUGUAUAGUGUUUUUGUAUAUAAAGAGUCAUGAAAAAAGGUA